AUGUCUACUAGUCUUUACUUGAUUGUCACUGCGUGUAUAGCACCAGUCGCUCAUUACGAAUAUUUCAAAAAAUCCUCGUAUAAAAUGCUUGCUACCUUGGGAUUCCUCUAUCUGUUGGUCAUUCAAUGUGCCCAGGCUCAAACUCGAGUGGUUAAAGUCGUAGCACCAUCUCUUGUAGGUUUAAACGUGGGCUCGUAUCAAAAGUCGAUAAAGAAGGUCUGGAAAUCUCACACUGGCUCAGACAAAAAGGCUGGAACACUUUUAUCGCCCUCAUCGGCUACCACGAGCAAGAUGGCCAAUACUUUAAUAGGAUAUACCACGGAAGAACAGGAUGAGAUGAGGCGUCAAUACAUGUACAUGGUAGAAAAACUCAGUGCGGAGCUUACAAUUGAGUUUCAAUCUGAACAAACCUACAAAGGACCAUCCUUUAAAUCACUAGCAAAAUUUAAGAAAUAUGCCGAUCGCUUCAAAUUGAAAAGUAAAAAAGUACCUGAAGUGGUUGAUGGACGUCCCGAAACAUCUCCAGAACCCCUCGCCAAGUCACUUAUGGCUCAGUAUGCUCAGUACAAUCUUUUUGCAUCUGCCGUUUCUUGCAAAGUAGUCAAUGUUGCUAGCAAGUGGGAGUGUGGUCCACUUUGCCAAGAUGCUACGGCUGGAACUCAAAUUGUCUCACUAAUCAAAGAUCCAACCCGAAGUAGAACAGAUAUGAGUGUCGGAUAUGUUGGGAUUAAUAAUCAGUUGAAAACAAUUAUCGUGUCGUAUAGAGGGACAAUGGGGUCGGUUGAUUGGAGACAAAACCUUCGUGCCGUGACAACACUCAUUCAAGAAUUAUAUGAAUAUCCAAAAAAGCAUAUUUUCAACGAAGCUCGGGUUCACGCCGGGUUUUUAGGCGAGUUUAUGCGAAUUAGAGACACAGUGGCUCGUGCUCUACUCAUGGCAAUCUCACUCCAUCCAGAAUACAAAAUUCACAUAACUGGUCAUUCCAAGGGUGGUACACUUGCUACUCUAACUGCGGUGGACCUAUACAUGACUCACGAUCUGCCCAACAUUGAAAAAAAAGUGCAUUUGAUUACAUUUGGCACGCCACGUGUUGGCAACAGGGAAUGGGCAGCCUGGUUAGAUGGAAUUCCAUUUGCUGAAGCUAUUCGUGUAAUCCACCAAAAUGAUCCAGUGGUACAUUUACCACCGAUAGCUAUGGGGUACCAGCAUACUGGCGUUCCGGUUUUGGUAACAGCAGAUCGUCAUGUUGUAGGGUGCACCUAUUACAAGGAUAGAUUGAGCGAUGAAAACUGUCUUCCUCACAGUCCUGAAAAAUCUUCUCAUACACACAACUACUUUCACAAAACUUUUUUUGAGUCAUACCAUCACAUUACAUAUGAGAAUCCUAACUGUCAUGGAUUGUACGUAAUUUGA